CACACAAACUCUGACAGCAUCGUUGAUCUGAGAUUGAAUUCCAUAGAUAUCAUCCCUGCACUGUCCAUAGCCUUUUGAGCUAUACGAUUGCUUCCCGUAUUAUAUCGCGCAGCAGCCUUUCAGACAUCCCGGUUUCCCUGCAUCGUCCCAGAAUAUACACCCAUUCAUAUCCGAUAGUCCAUUUAACCUGAAUCGUUGUAACCCAUGGCUUCUAUAUUCUCGGCUUUUCUCAACUGGCUCCGGAGCUUGUUCUGGAAGCAGGAAAUGGAGUUGACACUCGUUGGACUCCAGAACUCGGGCAAAACAACACUUGUCAACGUAAUAGCGAAUGGACAGUUUAGUGAAGAUAUGAUCCCAACCGUGGGUUUCAACAUGAGAAAGGUGACCAAAGGUGCAGUUGUUAUGAAAUUGUGGGACUUGGGGGGACAAGCAAGGUUUCGAAGUAUGUGGGAACGAUAUUGUCGCGGUGUGAAUGCGAUUGUGUUUGUGUUGGACGCAGCAGACCACGAUAAGAUUCCCGCAGCCAAAGCCGAACUACACCAGUUGCUUGAAAAACCCCAGCUUGUCAACAUACCAGUAUUAGUGCUAGGAAACAAGAAUGAUCUUCCAAAUGCCCUAACAGUGGAACAAGUUAUUGAUCAGUUGGAGCUUCGAACUAUUAAUAGCCGCGAAGUUGCAUGUUACUCUAUUUCCGCGAAAAAUGCCACAAACAUCGACAUCACGCUGAACUGGCUGAUUAAGCAUGCCUCACGAUAGUUCCUCAUAUCUCAAUUGUUAAUCGCUAGUAGUGUUGCUGUAUGCUCAAUAUCAAUGUUAUGUAGUACUGCCAUCAGUUGAUACAUUAGGUCUUUCAAAGCAACGUGCGACAAAAACAUUAAAGGGAAAAACAUGUCCCAAAUCAAUUCUAUUUGAA